AUCACACUGUUAUACUCUUGAAGAUUCAACUGCAGCCCCAAAGAGUACGCAAAUUUGAAAUUCCUAAACCAUACGGUCCACUAAUCCGACACUCCGAACCUUCCAAAUUGAACGCCAAAUCAAGCGACAAAUUUUCUUCCUUUCCCAUCCUUCGGCGCCGGUGCAAAAUAAAUCUCUAUAUCCUUUUGCAUAACUUCUUUUGAAUAAACCCAUAAGAAAAGUUCGUAUCUUUACCAAUUAACGGACUAUUUGUAAGAAGAAUGAACCUGAUUGAAGAUGGUGUAAUUGUUUUAGGUGGCGGAUUCUGAAUAUUAUAUUGGGAGAUCGAUAUGAUUCAAUCUUAUUUUCCGGCAAUCUUUAGAGAAUGCUCGUGGUCGAUACCAUACCCUCCUGAGCUUAUUAGUCUCUGAACUUUUCUUUCACGCUCAGUUUUCGCCAUGUCUAGAUUUCUGACAAUUGGUAAUAUUAGGAGAGUUGGACAAUUUUUGCGCAAAAAUCAGAUUAGCAACAAUGCUGAAUGGUCAAACUAUGAAGCACUUGUUGGACCAGGGUUAUGUUCUCGUCAAUACAAAUUGUAUUCGCAAUAUAUUAGUCCUAGCAGGAGACUUCCUGGAUUUGCUAUUCAUGGAACCAGAAAUGGUAACUGCAAUAGCUACUUCAAGCAUUUUUCUUCCUCACCUGCAAGUAAUACUUUAGCACAUCAUACCCAAGUUACGUGGAAGAGGUUGUUACAUUGGGCGUUACAAAGUGGGAGAUCUUUGUUGCCCAUAAGUAGGAUUGCACAAGCUGUUAGCUUGGCGCUUUGCCGUUCUUAUGGUGUCAUUCCUGGUAUAUUUGCCUUAACCUGUGGAAGCAAUGUUGCUUGGGCGCAAGCGGUGUCAGACAUAGAUAUCUUCCAGCCGAGGAAUUAUUUGUACGCGAGUGCUCAGGAUGGGCAUGUUUUCUUGACCUCAUUGAUUCUUUCAAUGUUGGAAGGGAUUUCUUUGUUGCUGAGAGCAUUAUAUUUGGCUGUUCUAUUCGCACCCACCAUUGCAAUGGCUCCAUUUGCAGAAUCUUUUGGACCUGAGUUUAGGAAAUUGUGGCUCCGGGCUGUUCAUCAGACACUAGAGAGAGCAGGUCCAGCAUUUAUAAAGUGGGGCCAGUGGGCAGCCACACGGCCAGAUCUCUUUCCUAGAGACUUGUGCAUUGAACUUGCGAAACUUCAAACAAAAGCACCAGAACAUAGCUUUGACUACACUAAAAAAACUAUUGAAAGAGCCUUCGGUCAUAAAAUUUCAGAAAUUUUUGACGACUUUGAGGAGGAACCUGUGGCAUCUGGGAGCAUCGCUCAAGUGCAUCGAGCUUCUUUGCGGUCUCGAUACCAUGGCUGUCAGAUCAAACCUAUGCUUGUUGCGGUGAAGGUGAGACAUCCAGGUGUUGGCGAGUCAAUAAAAAGGGAUUUUGAGAUAAUUAAUAUUGUAGCACAAAUUUCAAAUUGCAUUCCUACACUGAAAUGGUUAAGAUUGGAUGAAAGUGUCCAGCAGUUUUCGGUUUUUAUGAUGUCUCAAGUUGAUCUUGCACGAGAAGCUGCCCAUUUGAGCCGCUUCAUAUAUAAUUUUCGCAGAUCGAAGAACGUUUCUUUCCCAAAACCUGUAUACCCACUAGUACAUCCCGCCGUGUUGGUAGAAACUUUCGAGCAUGGUGAAAGCGUUUCUCAUUAUGUUGAUGAACUCCAUGGAAAUGAACAAAUCAAAAGUGCUCUUGCACACAUUGGAACCAAUGCACUGCUGAAGAUGCUCCUGGUAGACAAUUUUAUUCAUGCUGACAUGCAUCCUGGAAAUAUCCUUGUUCGUGGAUCCCAGAGCAUGCCUUCUCAUAAGCGGCUCUUCAAAUCGAAGCCUCAGGUCGUAUUCCUUGAUGUAGGCAUGAUUGCUGAACUUUCUAAGAAUGAUAGGAUGAAUUUAGUAGAAUUCUUUAAGGCUGUUGCUUGUAGAGAUGGCCAAACUGCAGCAGAGUGCACACUAAAAUUGUCAAAGAAACAGAGCUGCCCAAAGCCAGAGGCCUUCAUUCAGGAAGUGAAAGAGUCAUUUGAUUUUUGGGGGACUGCAGAAGGUGAUUUCGUCCAUCCUGCUGAGUGCGUGCAGCAAUUGCUUGAGCAAGUUAGGCAUCAUAAAGUAAACAUUGAUGGCAAUGUUUGCACAGUGAUGGUGACAGUUCUGGUUCUUGAGGGUUGGCAGCGGAAGCUUGAUCCAGAUUACGACGUAAUGCAUACUCUAAAAUCACUUCUCUUUAAAGCUGACUGGACAGAGUCGCUUUCGUAUACGAUUGAACGACUCAUGGCCCCGUGAAGAAGAGCCUGCAUAACAUUUUUGCCUGUCUAGAACACAUCAAAAUAUACAUAGUUCAGUGGAAUUUAUAAUUUGUUGCAAGAUUUUUGUUUUUGCUUCACAACCGUUGCCUUGUUACAAUUUUGUACGGGAAUCGUUUAUGUUUCUAGUAUUUUUGUAUGUUUAGAGAACUGAUUCACAACGCAUGAUGCAGACACUGUAAAAGCCUAUGCUGCUGCGACUUUUUAAGAGAAUAUCCUUAAUAGAAUUGAUCAAUUUGUUUCUAA